UACUCGGCAACUUCUGGGGCUCUUUCAGUGGCGUCUGGUCGUGUCUCGUACACGUUAAGACUCACAGGUCCGUGUUUGACCUCGGACACAGCAUGCUCUUCAUCACUUGUUGCGCUGCACUUGGCAGCGUCGAGUAUGAAGCUCGAGGAGUGUACUGUAGCCGCAGCAACGGGCGUCGGGAUGCUCGCACAGGUGGUAUCACGGACCUUUUCAGUGUUGGGCAUGCUUUCUAAUCUCGGCAGGUGUCACACAUUCGAUUGUCGAGCAGACGGAUACUGCCGAGGAGAGGGAUGUGGGACCUUUCUACUCCAUUCAUCAAACGACGCUCGUUCGCAGGUCGGCGCUGCGAUUUGGGCGCUGUUCCUUGGCUCGGCAGUGCAGCAAGAUGGUCCGAGUGCAAGCCUGACUGCACCAAAUGGCUUGUCGCAA